UGGUCUGAAAAGUUUCCGACCUCAACGUGAAGAUGGCAGCACUCGUAGAUAAAAGUUAGUGAAUUUUAAUUGUUCAUCUGUUGACAGUUAUUCACCAAAAUUGCAGCCAUUUUGGACGCGCAGUUGUUAUGUAACAGCCGUUUGAGUGAGUUGAGUGUUUUUGCGAAAAUGGACAAAAUCGAGUAUCGAGCUGUCAUUAAAUAUCUGGUUUUGAAAGGCAAUACGUCUACACAAAUUAAGCAUGAGUUGGAUUCUGUGUAUGGGGUCUCUGCACCAUCAUUUACCACAGUGAAAUUUUGGGCAGCUGAAUUUAAACGUGGCCGUAAGAGCUUGGGAGACGAUGAACGUUCGGGACGUCCAAAAACUGCAACUACCGACGAUAAUAUCGUCAAAGUUCACCAAAUGGUGCUAGACGACCGCCGAAUUAAAGUGAGAGAGAUAGCAGAGAUUAUGAACAUAUCAAAAGAACGUGUUUGUCACAUAUUAAAUCAAGAUUUAGGCAUGAGAAAGCUGUCCGCGCGUUGGGUGCCGCGUUUGCUCACGUUAGACCAAAAGCGUGUUCGAAUGAACAUUUCCAACGUUAUGUUGGCGCAGUUUAGGCACAAUAAAUGCGAAUUUUGGCGUCGAUUAAUUACUGUAGAUGAAACUUGGAUACACCACUACACACCAGAAACAAAAAUACAGUCCAAACAGUGUACGGCAAAGGGAGAACCGGCUCCAAAAAAAGCAAAAACUGUUAUUUCGGCUGGGAAAGUGAUAGCAACUGUUUUUUGGGAUAGUCAUGGAGUUAUUUUAAUUGAUUAUCUUCAAAAAGGAAAAACUAUCACAGGAGCAUAAUACGCAUCAUUACUUGACAAGCUAAAAGCAGAACUUGCGGAAAAACAGCCACAUUUACAGAAGAAGAAAAUCCUGUUUCAUCAAGAUAACGCACCGUCUCACACCUCAGCGGUUUCCAUGGCGAAAAUCCAUGAAUUACGGUUUGCACUGCUUGACCA